UCUUCUCUUUCAGAUCCUGCGCAGCCGUUUGCCAUGGAGACACCCCUGGAGAAAGCCUUGGCCACCCUGGUGUUCACAUUCCACAAAUACUCCGGGAAGGAAGGUGACAAAUUUACUCUAAGCAAGAGGGAGUUGAAGGAGCUGGUGAAGAAGGAGCUUGCACUGGAAGAGAAAAUGAAGGACGGCGGAAUCGACAGACUGAUGGGGACCUUGGACAAGAACCAUGACCAGGAGAUCGACUUCAAGGAGUACACGGCCUUCCUCUCGGCCCUCUGCAUGACCUACAAUGAUUUUUUCAAGCAGGAUGCAAAAUAGGGGAGCAAAGAUGGGCAGAGCCCUCCGGCAGUGGGUACCUUACUUACGUC